CAAAGGGUGUGGCUAAAAUCUGCUAAUAAAUAAACUGCCUUGGACUCACAGGUCACCCACACAGCGGCUGGAACUCAAACAGGGUUGUUUGCCUUUUUGAAGAAGUGAAGACAAAAAAUGGAUCACCACUCAACAGAAACUUUGACAUCUGACAGCGGAGAUGAAACCUCUUCGGAUGGUGAACAGAUGACACUGGAGGAAGCUGAUAAAGUCAGAGACUAUGUGAGAGAAAACCCAAACUCCCCCAACACGCAACUGUUCUCUUUUCUGGUGCUGCUGAACACCUACGUUCCUGGGUCCUUUCUUCUGAUGUCUGAGUGUCAACAGAUCCUUGGACCUCCUGAUCCCAUCCAUGGAGGUCCCCCCUUUGAAGAAAGAAUGGAGCCUUUUAUCAGCUUCAUAAACAUAUCCAGUCCAAACCCUGACCGCAUGUGUCACAUUAAGCCACUGUUAACAACUGAAGCAUUACAGCUACUCACUGACUCAGGAAUUUCAAGGAGUAAUAUUGUGAAGAAAUUCAUGGAUUUACUCUGCAGAGAUGAGGCCCAACCAACAACAGUAGAGUUCAUCAAAGAUUUACUGACCAAGAGAGAAAUGGGAGAAAAUGGCAAAGAGAAGUUCUCACCGUUAGUUUUAGAUAUAUGUGAGCAGGAGAAUUCUUACAACGCUAUCUCUGUCUUGAAAACCGCAUCAAAUAUAAUGACACAGAACCACAUCUAUCCCCAAACUCUUUCCCGUUUCUAUUACAUAAAGAGAGGUAUCUAUGACAGAGCUGAAACUUGGGCAAAGAUAGCCAUUAGCAGAGCUCAAAACAACUCUCAUGUGGCUGACACUCUUGGCCAGGUUUACAAGAACCGUUUACUGAGGACAGCCAAUCAACUGGAGGAAAUCUUAGACAUGGCUCGAGAGGCCUUGACGGUGUUUAAAGAUGUGGGAACAAAAGCUGACAACGAAGAAGGGACUGAAAUGAUAGAUUCAGCGGGCAGCGUAAACAUUUCAAAAACUUUUAACGACAGAGGAUUGUUUGGCUUCCUCCAAGUGGCAAACAUAGCCUUUGAGAAACUCCAAAAGAUAAACCGUGAUCCUCGAUGGACACACCUCCACAAUUUGGAAAUGGAAGUUGAAGCCAAAUUUGGCUUUUUUGAAUGGUACCUUGGCUACUCCAAGCCCGACGAGACAACCUCAGAGCCGCCCUACUUCUGGAAAGACGUUGCUCUCUGCUACAAACACUAUACCAGAAAAGACGCAGCGCAUUCCACCAGCUUUCCGGGCCUCCUGGAGCGUUUGAAUCACGGCCUGUUCACGUCAAUGGGAAGACGCGCCGGGUUUUUGGAGGCGCAGGAAACCACCUCUGAUUUAGAAGCAAUCUGCGACGAUUUGAAAACCACCCAUGAGACAGAUGUUGGAGAUGUCGAAGCGGCUGGGAGGUACAUUCUCUCAAAUAUCAUCUUGAGCAACAAGAAGCAUAACUCCUCGAAACUCACUCCUGUGAAUGAACUCAAGACCGUUCUGUUCGGAUUCUUGGACACUGAAGUGGGGCGUAGAAGCCCUGAGUUUUAUCUUUUGGUGCUGCUGUUGUUUUGGCCUGAGGAACAUCCUCAGUUGGUUGAAGAAGAGGAUGAGGAAGUGAAACAACCGGCAACAGAGGACAACGGGUCAGAAAACGAGACCUGGGAGGAUGAGGACAGAAAUGAGCAACAGGAAUCAGAAGGAGAGCCUGCACAACUGUCGCUUGACGUGAUUGGACCUGAUCUGCAACAACACAUCACAUUCAUGGAGAAAGCAUUUGAGAGAGAUGGGUAUGCCAAGUACCUCCGAGGUCGAUACCUUGUGCCUCUCUUUUUUCUGGGAAAGGGCUCUGGACUGAGCAAGUGGAUUCACAAAUCAAGGUUGGACGCUAUUGUGGAGAGACAGGUCGAUGCUGAGCUAGCCGAUAGCCGACACAACAGAACAAAGGAGAAAUGGAACCGGAUCAAUGACUUGUGGAGCAAAGGGAACGUGUGGCAAGUCCCAGAGAUACAAGACAUCCUUCUUCCAGUUAGGACUGAGCUCACACCUCCACAGGAAACAGGCCAGCAAAUGUCUGUUUUUCUUAGAGGGAUUUGGGUUACGACUGAGUUUGAAUCACAUGCUUCAGCGCAUAGACGUUCCUAUCUUGGCUUAACCAUUCAGGGUCCAGUUGUCUUGGGGGAGGGGGGGGAUGUCCAGAUGUGAUGGGGCAGGGAUACUGUAGAUGUUGAACAUUUUGGGACUUUAAUAGAGAUGAAACUUUUUAUCAAUGUAAGUGCAUUUCUUAUUUAAACUUGAUUUUAGUUGGUUCGGCUUAACCCUAUUAUUCUGUUAAUAAUUACAUGGGAACCCAUUCAGUAGUUGCUGUGAUAUAUUUACUUGGGCCAAAGAGGUGGAGUUAAAUCGUCUUAGGUACAGCAAUGCUGCUGGAACAAAAGAGUAGUGAAACUUUGUUCAGUUCAAAUAUUAAGUCAUGUUUUUUUCUCCUCUACUUUCCUUUAUAGAGUCUAUUCAACUUAUUCAUAUUUAUACAUCUUUGUUCUUGGUUUUAUUGGCUGUUCUAAUCUGUUCUGUGUAUUGUGACAUAGAUCAAUGUUUUCUUUUGAAGAAACAGAUUGUGAAAAUGAAUGAAAUGCAUGUAAUUGGAUAUCAUUUAUGUCGUUUUUUUGAUCAAAUAACAAUGAAUUUGAGAUUUGUUUGUGAAUUAAACUAAAUUGAUGCUGAAAGGUG